AUGUCAGCUUCGCCGGAGCUAACCAGUGCGGCGACGUUGAGGCCCGUCGAGACAGUAAGAUCAGAAGAGGGUGGUGGUGAUCAUGGCGAUGAAGAGGAGUGCCGAACUCCGACGUCGGAGGAGAGUAAGCUACCGUCGCUUCCCUUGAACUGCCCGCCUGCGCCGAGGAAGCGCAGGUGGGUCGCCGUCUGCAGGCGGCGGCGGCCGCGGUGGCAGCCGCAGGUAGAGCUCAUCGUGGUGGGAGCCAAAGAAAUGGAGCAGUUGUUUCAGCGGAGAGAGGAGCCACCACCGCGACGUGCCAAGAGGCAAAGGCGUCACACCCCGGACGACGACAUGUGA